ACACCAUGCUGCUCUGAGAUUACGUGUUGGAAGUCUGGUCAGAAGAUAGAAUGAAGAGAGUCUUCCCGGUGCGUUAAGAGAACAAGUAGUAUCAAAAAGGUGACAUCAUGAUGCAGUUGUUGCUGUUACUGCUGCUAGCCACUUCCAGCGCUGGCGUUCCCCUGGAAACCUCGGGUCAAGAGGACAUUUUUCAAACGCCUUCUUCCGAAAGCCUUGCAACAGCAGCAAGUCCAACGGAAGCAAAGUCCCGCUUUGCCAUGCUGGACGACGUGCGCCUACUCGCAAACGGCCUCCUUCAGCUGGGCCAAAGCUUACGGGAGUUUGUGCACAAGACCAAGAACCAGAUCAAUGACAUCUUCCAAAAAUUGAAUAUUUUUGACAGGUCCUUUUACCAACUUUCAGUGGUCACAUCCGAAAUCAAGGAGGAAGAGGCCGAACUGAAGAGGACAACCAGUGUGUUGAAGACAAACAAUGAGGAGAUCAAAAACCUGUCUCUGGAAAUCAACUCCAAGAUCAAUAACAUUGUGCAGGAGCGUGCACAGCUACAGGGCAAGGUGGGAAGUCUUGAGGAGAGGUUGAAGGGACUGUCGGAGCAUAUGCUCUCUCCUGAUCAGCUCAGAGAAAUCAAAGCGCUCAAGGAAGUGAUUGAAACUCAGGAGAAAACCAUCUCAAGACUCCUGAGGGCUGUGCAGGAGCAGCACGAGCAGCUCGACUAUCAGAAAGUCAAGAUUAAGAAUAUGGAGGAAAAGCUUAACGAUGACAGUGUCCAAGACACGGCCGCCAAAGUCGUGGAUUUGGAGACGGCGCUUCCAGAUACUACCUUUGAAUACGUGACAAGAAAUGCAUCUGAUUUGGAUGACAACGAUUUGCCCAUUGACUGCGCAGAGUUAUUUGAAAGGAAGGAGAACAAGAGUGGCGUCUACAUCAUCCAGCCAAAACAAUCGGAGCCUUUCAACGUUUAUUGCCAAAUGGGUUCCGAUGGAGGUUCAACUGUGAUCCAACGGAGGAGGGCCGAUGGCUCAGUGGAUUUUGACCAGACAUGGCAAAAGUAUGAGAAAGGCUUUGGCCAUCUAGAAAAGGAUUUCUGGUUGGGCCUGGAGAAGAUCCAUAGCAUUCUAAAACAAGGAAUGUACAUCUUGAAAAUGGAUUUGGAAGACUGGAAGGAGGACAAACACUGGGCAGAGUACCGCUUCUCCUUAGAUGAUUCCACUGAGCACUAUGCACUCCAUCUUACCCACUUCUCGGGUGACCUGGUCGACGGCAUGGCCAACAGUUCCGGUGUGCCAUUCUCCACCAAAGAGCAAAAUAAUGGCAACCCGCAAGCCCCUAACUGUGCACGCGACCACACAGGUGGUUGGUGGUUUACUGGAUGUGGAGAGAACAACCUUAACGCAAGGUAUCAAUGGGAGAGAGCUAAGGGACGUUCAGCGAGAAGAAGGGCUCUCCACUGGAAACCUGGCAACGGCUCAGCAUAUUCCCUCAAGAUGACCGAGUUGUCCAUUCGGCCUGCGCCAGCAACUGCUGAAGAUUUCAACUGAAACACGACUGGCCUUUUUCCAUGAAGCACUAUGACACACCCACCACUCGAGCGACAUUGACAUGUAUGCUUAUCCACGACACUAUCUAUUAAGUUCAAAAACAUUUGGGGAAAGGCUUUUCAGUGAACACCAAGGCUCUAUCGAAUUGACUUUGUUGCCAGUGGCACAAAGCAAAAGAUGACAGCCAAGUGAAAGUUAGGAUUUGAGACGGUGUUUUAGUGACAGGAUGUGUUUGGCUUUAUGUUUGCCCAUUGUUUUGUUUUCCUCACUAAAGUAUUUAAACCAUGCACCUGCUACUUUGGUACGUUAUCUGCUAAGACAGACAUUCUAUAUUAUUGGGUCACAUUGACUCCUGUCCACUGUGCACAAAUAUUCUGUAAAUGUGCUUCAUCACGUCCUACACAAGAGUUCCAAAAGCUCAUCGCGUAAUAAACGAGAAGAUCAAUGUGACAUUGAUGAUCUCAACGAUGACAAACAAUGGAUGAAGCUUUGCCUGUAUGACAUAUAAUGCUUGAAAAUCAAAAUAAAAAGAAGGCACGUUGA